AUGAGUUCCCAGUCUCCCAACACCCAGGGCUCGGGGGCCAACCCAUCCAGUCCCCAGCCCACCAGGAAAGGGUCCGUCAAGAGAGCUAGAGAGCUACUGGAGGCAGGUGUCUUGCCAAAUCGAGUACUGCCAUCGCCGUCUGUUCCCAGACCUCCGCCGCUCAAGGCCGCCACCCGUCAGACCCAGUGGCCUCUUCCAGCUUCAGGCCUUCAGCCACACCCUCUCAACCUUGAAGCGCGCUCCCAACAAGACCCUAGGCUCUGGACACCGCGUGCUCCCCUACCGACUAGGCCCCCCACGCCCAAGCGAGGCCCCUCCCCAACUGCCUUCUCCAUCCAUUUACUCACUCGCUCAUUUUCGCACCCUCAACCGCCACAGGCACUGGAUAUCCCUCGGCCUCGCCCUGGGCCAAAGGAUGACUCCUGUGUGAGCCCUACCAGCACUUUUGAUUUUGAUCUGACUCCCCGAAUAUCAAUCACUACGGACGACCUGUUCAGACAAUCAACCGCUUCGUCUACAAGCUCUAUUCCCAUUAUGCCCCCGGUACCCUCACCAGAGCCUCGUGGGCCCGCCGCGAGUCCGUGGACCAGAACUGCAGGUCUUGCAGCGCCCAAUUCUCACGGCCCACGAGCCCGCGCAUCAUCCGUCUCUCCCAUCCCGGAGUCAGAAAGGGAAAUUCCUGAUCCUCGCCGGACAACGGGGUCUCUCGCUUCAAGCCGUGCCAUUCCCUCUAGCUGGGGCUCUGGUCCAGCAGAGUCAGAAAUUCUGGGCGCUUACCUAUAUUCCGAGUCGGACGAUAAUGAAGAGAAAGCGGAAACCAGCGAGAGCCAUGCCGAAACACUUGUGAGAAACGCUAGUCUAGGCAAGAGGCAGAAGCCUACUAUGCGCACGAUCAUGAAGUCGAACCCUAACUCCGAAGUCUCAAUCCCGAAUAUGCCAUCGUCCCUCCCCCGAGAGGAGUGGAACAAGAACGCAGCUGCUGGUAUGACCCUUGGAGCUGCGGUCGGUCAAGCACUUCACCAACCGAGUCCUCUGAGGCGGAAUUCUACUUCGACGACGUCGGCAGAAUCUUGCGUGGACCCGGAAAAACCUCGUUUUGCUAACGAGGUGGGUAACACGGCUUUUGAGAAAGAGGUCGAGGUUUUGCCCAGCUUGCCCAAGGCUGCUCCCACCAUGAGCGAUAAGCGACCUGGUGGACGCAAACCUCCGCGUCUUGACAUGGGCGCUGUGCGAGACGCAGAGGCCCGCGGUAGUCUUUCAAGCUUGAGCGAUCUGAUCCGACGUGCUACCAGACUCGCCUCGAACCUCGACCGCGGAAGAACUGCCAGUCGCGCCGAUCUUGCGGCGGAUCCGGAGUACAAGGGAUUCAUGGCAGGACAACGCCGUCGCGGCUCAGGUUCUCUGUCCGAUAUCCUGACUUCAUUUCCCCGGCCUGGAUUAGCGACUCUUGACGAUCGUACAUCGUGGCCCAUUUUCUUCGGACGAUCGAACCUUUGUAACGUUGAGCCUCUUAAUUCCAACGACGAAGUCCCCAAUGAGAAGCAGUCUGUCAAGCGCAAAUGCUGUGGAAUGCCGCGAAAGUGGUUUAUCGUCCUCUGCAUCAUUCUUUUCAUUGUCGUCGUGCUUGCGGUUCUCUUGCCCGUUUUCCUCGUCGCCGUUCCCAAAGAGAACGCCGGCAGUGACAAUUCAUGCGCCACAACCAACGCCUGUCAUAAUGGCGGAGUAUCCGUAUCAAGCGGCUCCGAAUGCUCCUGCGUGUGCGUGAAUGGAUACACUGGUUCACAGUGUACCACUGUAGGCGACUCCAGCUGUACCACAUCCGAGGUCGACAAUGGCACGAUCUACAAGAACGCGACCAUGGGCAAUUUUCUUCCGACUUUGUUUAGCGCUGCCUCAAGCAGAUUUGACAUCAGCCUGGACUCUGUCACCAUCAUGGCCCUCUUCAGCUUGAGCAAUGUCAGCUGCAAAAACGAGAAUGCCCUCGUCUCCUUCAGCGACGUCAAGAGCCGCAGCAACACGCGUCGCUCCAUCGUUCUUCCUCUCGAUCCGCCCGUGGCUGAAGAAAUCCCCUCUCUCACCGUCGUAUCUACCGUCACCGCAACCGCGCUCGCCGCCCGCGCUGAGGCCACCAUGGAUGGUAUUCUCUACGAGAGUGCCGGAGACCAGAGCACAAGGACCCGAACGGAUAACAUAGCAACAGCUACUCAUAUCAGCGCAUCUACUUCCACGACGGCAGCUGCCGCGACGACCUCCACCGCAAGCGUACCUGACAAGGUGAUCGAAUUCUCGCAGGUCGCUGUACUGUACAUUCUCGAGAAAACGGGCUCCAUUGACUCUGCAUUAUUCUCCGAAUCGGAGAUCAGCUCAUACUUAACGAGUUCCGACGGGUAUAGUAAUACGACCCGGCCCGAGCUUCAGUUGCUAGGAGAGUUCGGACUGAACUUCCAGACGAUGAAGAUCAGUGUGGAGAACGGUACUUCGACCUGA